AUGGGUUUAACACUCGAAACCAGUAGUUCAGUUUCCGACGAUGUCACAGAGGCCCCUGGGUCAAAGACGAUGAGCAGAUGGAAUGCUCUAAGACCAGAGAACGGAGUGGAGAAACAGCAUCUCAGGGAGAGAGAAGGCAAGAAGAAUGAUGAGAGUUCUGUUAGCUACAAGCGAAUUGUAGGUCAUCAAAGAACCAACAGUACAAGUCAUGCAAAAACGAACAGAACCAAUUUCGACGAAAGAACAUCAUUGAUCGCUUUGAGAAGACUCCUUCAAUCAUAUGAACAGGGAUUACAGGAGGAAUCAUUUAUAGUUUCCGAAGUUACAAAAACCUUAGGAGGCUAUGAAAAGUUUUUUCGUGGGUUGCCAUCCAGGGCAGCCGAUUCAGAAUUACUACUCGUCCUGUGCAAACUCCUUCGGAUAAAUGAUUCUGUAGUUCACCGAACACUGGAGCGACUCAUUGAGUCGGUGCUGGAGGAUGGAUGCAGCCUCCGUUCCAAGAUAGAGGUUGCAAUGUGUAUUGACGCACUCAGCAAGAGCUGCUACCAAUUUCCCUCGGACUCAAGUGUUCGAAGAUCGCUGGCCGUCAUUGUGGCUGAUUGUGGGCACAUUCUUCCGGCCGAGGAUUUGGCCCAAAACAUCGUGGCACCCCUUCUAUUGCCAAAUCUUGAAUCGAUGAACUCUAAUCGAAUGCUAUUCACAAAGACUUGCAAGGCAAUUUCUGCUCUGCUUCUCAACCAAAGCCAUAAAUCAGCCAUUAUUGCGCCAUUGGUAAACGAUAUUGCGCCGGACGGAACAGAAGAAGUAGUUGCUAAUCCAAUACGGCAACGGCUAUUCUCAUCCUUAGAGCGGCAUCUCGUUGGACGACAUGUAGGAGCUCACUGGAGAGUAGAAGCGUCCUGUCACUUGCUUACUGACAUUAUUGAUUCCACGAUCAAGGUUGACAGGAGUUUGAGCCCCGACGCUAGAAUCAGCCUUCGUCUAUCGCAGACGCAAGACUUUUUCCUUGAGUCUCUGCAUGAGGCUAAUCAUCCCGUCUACAUCACAGCAACGUGUCUUCUGCGAUCGUUGCUUCGAUAUGAUCUACAAUUAGGCAAUGGUUCUAUUUCCCAACCGAUGCUAGACCUGCUGUCACGGAUACUUUUCGAUCCGGAACAUUCUCAGGCUCGCAGAAUCAACCAGUGCUCUUCGGCCAAAGAUCGCGGAUAUGUAUUUGGGAAGUACUUGGCACUUGUCCAUUCAUUGUGGUUGGACAAGUCUAUCGACACGGAAGCAGGUAAAGCAACCCUAGAAUGCCUUGCAGAAAUUGUAUCGGCAUUGCCCUGGGACCGCUGGAUAUCUGGUGAUAAGCUUGCGGGAAGUGGGCCCGAGUCAGGGCUUUGUCGAAGAUCCACAAACUUUCUCCUAGGCUUGACAAAUGUUGCAAGUGUUGUUGUUUCCAGUUGUGAUGAAAAGUCCGUCGCCACAACAGCUUGCCUUGUAGAGAGCUACUUAUACGCCACCAAGGCAGGGCAUUAUGAGCUCUCGCAAUUUUCGAUGAAACUGUGGUCGACGGUUGCAGAAGCAUCGCUUUCUCACCCUUCUGUACUGGUCAGACAAGAGCUCGUAUCUACAUUGGUUAAGAGCUGUGGGGGUCAAAUCAGACCGGACGGGAAAACAACAACAAUGUAUGAGCCAGCCCAGAGGUGGCUCAUGAGCAACUCUUCGGAACGCUUUCUGGAUGGUCUCUUUAUUAUAGUUGGGCGUGCUUCCUCUCCUUCUCACCCCGCAAUUAAACUCUUAUCUUCAAUCCUUCAGGGCUGCCCACGAAUUGGGUCUUCAGAUUGCUGGAAGCGGUGCAAGAUUUUGUUUUCAUCUGUUGAUGAGAUUGAUGCAAGUAUCAGUUGGUUGGUCAUUCUUGAUGCGGUAAUCUCUGGACGAAGAGUGUUUGAUGACUGCAGCUCUUCGAUCGAGCCAAUCAAGGAAGUAGUGUUCAAGGCACUCUCACUAUCUUUGAACAACUCCUUUGUUAAAAUUCAAUGCUUGGGUUUGUCACUGUUUGGGUCAUUGUCAACGAAUGACUGGAAACAAAUGAACUUUGGAUAUCGGAACAUAAGUCUUCUAUUGAGCUCAGCUCUGAAUCUAUGCAAAGACGGAAACCAUAAUGUACGAAGUUCGGGAUGCAAAGCCAUUGGUCAAUUUUGCACAUGCUACAUACCUGGUGCCAGUAUUACCUUUUUUUUGACUGACAAUCAUCUCCGGAGUGUAGUCGAUUUGAUUCGCAGUAGGAUGAGUCUUGCUCUUCUUGAUGAGAAAGCUCAAGUGCGAUCGAUGGCAAUGUUUACCAUGGGAAACCUCGCACAUGCUCUACGUGCUAACGGGGGAGGCAAGCUCCACGCAAGUGUUUUGGUUGACACGUGCACGACUGUGCAAGCAGCAAUGGAGGAUUCAAGUGAUAAGGUGGUGGUAAACUCUAUACGUGCUGCGGGACAUUGGGGUUAUCUUUUUGCACGUCGGAGAAUCGAGGGUGGACCACAAAAGCUUGCACAUUUAAUCAGCGCUCUAGUAGAUGCACUAGUCGCUUCUGUUGAAACUCUUUCGAACGAAACUGAUUCGUUGACUUGGAAGAAACGGGGGGCGAUGAAAAAGUACGGUUGCGGAGUCUGUCACUCUUUAGGUUGCAUAUUUGAAGGAUCGGUUGACCUAGAAAACGAAAGUUUGCAGAUUGCAUGCACGAGGGCAACUAAACAAAUGAUCACCUGUGUAGAACACUUUUGGUCGCUCAGCCUGAAGCUUACUUUCUCAGCAAUGAUUGCGCUCGGAAAGCUAAGCAGCAAUGAUUUAUCUCGAAUAUGCGAAGGGUCUGGAUUUCUUGGAGCUGCAAUCGCCACCUGCACCUACCAACUACACGAGAAUGAUUGCAGACCAAUACGAAUUCUCAGUACAAAGCAACACCAUGAAAUGGAGGUGUGCCUGCUUCAUCUUUUGGCCGCUGCAUCUCCACUUGACGCGUCUGCAACUCUGGAGAAGGAUUAUUUCUCUCAGGCCACACUGUCGUUUUUGUAUUCCUGGAUGGUGAAUUGUAACGUAAAUAGUUCAACAUUCGCGAUCUUUGCGGUCGGGCUGAGAAGAUUUCAAUUUAAGUUUGUCGACGUCUCUUUGGAGCAGUCAUUCAUGAGUCGGUCGCUUGACGAUGGCACGAGGAGUGAGGCAGCGUCAAUGCAUCCUGAUUUUGACGAUGGUAGUGAACUAUAG